CUGCAUACUAAAUAGACAAAAAUAGCAUUUGGGACCAAAGAGGAUAGACUAAUCUAUCCUCUUUGUUUGGGACCGUCUACCCCUGUCCCAAAUCGUUUGGCGUUUGGCGUGCUACGCAUGCGCUAAAUUAUUGUCAUUGUGUGUUUGUGUGAGAGAGAUACGACCCCCAAAUCUACUCUCUGACUCGUUUUUCGUUUUCUGUUUACAAGUUCGGCCAGCCAGUACUCAGCAAUGUCGACAUUUCCAGUGUAUAACCUAUGUCAGUGGCCAAAAAAUAAAAAACAAAAUUAUCAAGCACAAAAUAAUGUCUUGAGGAAUCUCGUGCCUGUUGGCUUUAUUCCCUCCGUGAUCAUCUCACAGGAUAUUCAAUCACCACUGACAAAAUCCAAUAAUUGAAAUUUACUUCCAACAAAACACGUAAAACUCACACGAGGAGGACGAACUAUUUAGUGCGGAGUGUGAAAAGUUCCAGUACAAUAGCUUCGAAUUAUAGGAAAAAUUUUAUGCCAAGCUCAGAAGCAUAUUCUGAAGGUUAAACAGACGCAUGAAUAUUGGUCAACGGUUAACUUGACAUGCCUUUAGGUGUGAAACCGGAGUGUAUAAAAUGUGGAGGGCGAGAGACAAUUCUCUGGCACUCAACCGAACUCGGUAGUUUGUGUAAUGAAUGUAUUGAGGACGAAAGAAGUACUAGUAACUUGGAGAAGACUUGUGAGGAUGACAAGAAUGGAUCAAAGCCUGCGAGGAAGAGUACGAGGAUCACUCGAUACUGUAAACCCAAAAUUAAUGCUUCUAGCAAAGCGUUACUGAAAGGAAAAGGCCGACGUAAUAUUUUUAAGAAGCAGCCGGUCAAAGCCCCUUCAGCAGUUGCCACUCCCGUGACAAGUAAUUUCCUCUUCUACAAAGGUUCAUAUUUUCAAGUCGGAGAUAUUGUCUCCAUGGAGGAUAUGGACGGAGGUAUCUACUACGCCCAAAUUAGGGGAUUAUUAACUGAUCAGUACUGCGAGAAGAGUGCUGCUAUCACCUGGCUGCUGCCUACAACAGCGAGUCCACCACCUGAAGAAGGCUUCAACCCGGAAACCUACAUAAUAGGACCAGAAGAAGAUCUCCCACGUAAACUAGAGUGUAUGGAAUUCGUAAUGCACGCACCAUCAGAUUACUACAAGCUGAAAAAUACUCCCUAUCCUCCCCUACUGACAGAAAAUGGAUCUGGAUACAUCUGGACAUCACUCAAGAAUGAAAUGAACAAUGGGAGACAAUGAGCCAUUAUCAUUGAUUAUAAUAUUUUUAUUGUAUAUAAUAUAAUUGAAAUAUAACAGUAUUUCCGGAA